CUUCUCAACAAACACAUCAGACUCCGCGGCGUUCAACAAAGUAUCACUCAACCUUGGGCUUUGAAGUAGAAGUAAAAAAUACAACAACAAACAUGGGUGCCAAAUUUGUCUCUUUCAUCUCUUCGGCCAUUUUGGCCUUUUCUUCUCUGGCAGCGGCUGCUCCUCAGCAUAGGGACAACGGGUCUACAUCCAGGCUCAGCCUCACCGCACAACUGCAACUUGCGGAUACCGCGGCUCAGCGUUAUAGUCUCCUUCCGGAUGACAAGAAUUUCACCUUUUCCUUCAACCAGAGCGAAGCUCCGUUCGCCAAUCGCCAGUCUUUCCCUGCUCUGGUUGGCACUGGCGGCAGCAUGGCCAUUGCGGAAUUUCCUCCAUGCAGCAUUGGCUUUCUUCACCUCCAUCCUCGCGCCGCCGAACUCUUCGUUGUGGUCUCCGGCCACGUCCACACCGAAAUGGUCCCCGAGGCAGGCGUCGUGGAUGGCUCCGGCAAGCAGCGCGUCAUUCGUACCGAGCUGGGCCCAAAGCAGAUGACGUUCUUCCCGAUGGGCUCGUUCCACACGCAGGUGAAUCCAGAGUGUGAGCCGGCAAUGGCCAUGGCAUCCUUUCCUUCAGAGGACAGCGGCGCCAGUGCAGUCGUGGGCCAGACUUUUGCUCUGAACGACAACAUCAUCGAAUCUGCUUUCGGCCAGAGCAUUCAGGGACAGGACAUUGACAAAGUGCGACAUGCUCUUCCUCAGGGGAUGGUUACCAAGGUGGAGUCGUGCCUGGCCAAGUGCGGUCUGAAGAAGCGGGCUCUUUGAAGAGCCUACGAACGGCCGCAGCCCACAACACCAAUCCAUGGAUCGCCUGAUGGGACAAAUAUAUAUAUAUAUAUAGUGGUG